AUGAUAAAUGGGUAUGAUAUUCCUCAGACAAAUGAUUUUAAAAUCUCCAUCGAAAAUGAAGAAAUUAAAGAAAAUGCCUAUAGUUCUAAAAUUAUAUCUAACUCUGCCCUUUGAAUUGAAACAAAGUAUUGGUAAAAUUUCCUAUUUUCGAGCAUUAGCACACUUUAUAUUGGAACAAGUUUUUAUAUCACCCUUUGACCUAAUUUUAUAUAAAGUGAAAAUAGAAUACUAUUUACACAGUUUGCAUACUAAAUUGAAUAAUUUUUGAAUUAAUCUUUAUAAAUCGAAUUAAAUAAAAAAAUUUUGCGUUUAAUUUUUAUCUUUUAAAAAAGAGUACUCCUUAAAUUUGAGUAGAGUUUUUUGUUGCAAUCUAAGAGUGGAGUAAGCUACAUAAAUGUUUGAAGCGCUUGCAGUCAACAAUGAAAUUUGUUAUGAAAGAAAAUAUCGAAGCAAUUUCGGCAAUCCAAAAACAGUGCGAAUGCAUCCUGAAGGACAUCGAAUUCCUUCAAAUAACUUUAAGAAAAUGGAUCAGCGCUUCAAAGCUGACAAACAUAGACGACACAUAUCUGAAUUUAGUCAAAAAUUUUAAAAAUUCAAUAAAAUCACAUCCUUUACCUUUGGAUAAAGGUUUUUCAAGUUUUCUGGACUCCUGGUACUUCAAUUAUGAUAAACAAAAUUACGAAGAGCUUAACAACAUAUUCAGCUCUUCAAUUAAUGCACCUUUUUCGCCAAGUUUAAUACAAAAAGAAGAAAUAAAAAAGAUGGAAGAGGAAAAGGAGCCUAAAGAACCUAUAAAAGAAAAGAAAACAAAGAAAUUGCACCAGAAGACUCCCAAAUCAGAAAUAAAUGAAUAUGAUGUUUUGAUAGUUAUGCGAUAUACCAAAGUUAGCAAGCUCCAAGCCAUUGAAGCUCUUAAAGCUACAAAAGGAAACUUUACAAAUGCUAUUCUAUACUUAACGACAGGAAAGAUUCCAUUAGAUGAUUAA